CCGAAGCGUUCUGUUUCUGUCACAAGAGAGGUUUGCUACAAAAUUGUUUCAUGUUUUAAUGAGAAGGUGAGUUGUACUGCAGUUAAAUUGGCAUAUAAACUUUACUUUAUGAACUACUAGUUAGAAGUGUAGAUAUUUUAUACGGAAGUAUAUCUAACAUACAAUAUAUCAACAUGAUGUAAAAAUGCCCAUAUUUGAUUGCGCAUACACGUAAUACGUUUGUAUAAUUUGCGAACAUUUCUGGUUGAAGUUGUACUGUUGGUAUAUUUAAUGAUCUUGUUUAAUUCCUACCAGAGGACCUUGUGCUGCAUUUUUCGCAGUCGUUCCUGGUCAGGUCUUAAAAGUGUAUAUAUACUCACUUGGAUUACUAACCCUAAAAACAGCAUUCUAAUAUUAAUUCCACCAAGUGAAGUGCAAGUAACAAGAUCAUUGAACUCCACCUUAUCACAACCCGCACACCCAAUCACCUAUAUAUACAUGAACUUACGGUUACAGCUCAACAGCGCUGGCUUCUGUAGCUCAGUUGGUUAGAGCGCUGCACCGGAAUCGCAGGGCCGUAGGUUCAAUAUUAAUCCUACCAGAGGACCUUGUGCUGCAUUUUUGUCUGUCGUUCCUGGUCAGGUCUUAAAGUGUAUAUAUACUCACUUGGAUUACUAACCCUAAAAACAGCAUUCUACUGUUGGUAUAUGUAAUUCUUACGGGAAAAUACGACAUAAAAUCAAUACAAAGUACGAAACAAUAGCUACAGGAAGACAUUUUCAGUAAAUUAGGAAAACCGAACAUGCAUGGCGAAAUAUAUUUAAGAUUUGAAGGAACCGAAUGUUUUAGGGAGGGUGAAAUAAUAUUAUGCGUUUCUGCCAAAAAGAGAGGUUACAUUUUCAUGUCACGCAGCACGAAAUAUAAGUGGUUAGGAGGUUAGGGUUAGGGAUUGGAUUAGGUUUCGUGAUUGCGUGCCAUGAAAGAUAACCCGAAAAGACGUCUUUUACUUUUAAAACCCCCUCCCACUCACUAAGAAUUUUUAGAUCAGUGCUGAGUGCUCCCACACAUAAACAAAGUAUUUAGACAUUAAGUUCUUUGAAUGUUUGCAUGGCGAUAAAAUAUAAUUUACGUGGUGUUUCCACAAACACAAACAAUUAUAUUUAGACAUUCGCGUCCAAAAUUUGAUACCUUUUACACUGAGAUCGAUUCAAAAUCUAAAUUUACACUGAAAUCGAUUUAUACAUUUACUACACUGUUGUCUGUUGAUGAAAGGGUCUCAGUUUAGUAGACCUCUAGCCCUAUUUUAUUAUUGCAAACAUUUAGUGUCAAUGUUGCAGAUUAUAAUGAUGCUAUUAAUUAAAUUGUGUUUUUAGCUGUAGUUACAAUGGCUGAAUCACUUCGAUAUAAAGUUGAGGAACAUUUGACUUGCUCUGUUUGUUUGGAACCAUUUAAAGAUCCCAAAGUUUUACCUUGUCUUCAUUCAUAUUGUCAUGUAUGCAUUGUAAAACUGGCCAAGAAUGCAAAGUCCAAUACUAUCAACUGUCCUGAGUGUCGAUUGGCAGUAGAGGUGAGAAAAUAUACUUAAUUGUUAACUCUGUCUAAGCCCAGAUGAUUUUACUCGUCAAGGAAGAGUGCUGGUGAUCAUGUUGGGUUAAUAUGUAAAACUUUAAGUAAACUGAAAUUUUUUAUGCUUGUAUUAACCACAGGCGGGCGUGGGCAAAUAGAGCCUGGGUCCCUGUGUUUAUAUAAGUACAGAUUUCUGGGGUCAGAGAAAAUAAUUUCUUUCUGGGAGCACAAUCUGAAGAUAGCCUGACAAGUUAAAUGCACGUGAGGUGCCUGGAUUUAUAUCAAUUUUGUUUACAAAACAAACAAAUCUUACAUGGACCUCAGAGAACUAAAAAUGAUAUUUUUAUACUGUUAAUCCUUCAUGAAGUCCCUCUCCAAUUAACACCUUCUUUAUAUUUAAACCCAUUAAGUUGCAUUGUACAUUUGUGCAGCUUACUUUAUUAUUUUACUCUGUCUAACACCAGACGAUUUUACUCACCAAGGGGAGAGCACUAGCUAAUGCUCAAUGGGUUAAUCUGCCCAUGUGCAUGGUAAUGCUUCAAGUUGCAUUGUGAACGCCCUAAUAUGUCCUACUUUCUUAUUAUAAUGGCAGACGAUUUUACUCGUUAAUGGGAGAGCAGUGGCACUCAAUGGGUUAAUUCUUCCUCCCUUUGUACGAAAUGAAAUACGUGUGUUGUGAUUGGAUUUAUUGAUUUGUGGAUUUAUUAAUUUUAUUUAUUUGAUCUAAUAACGUUAUCCAAUGCAUAGGUCGACGAAAACACUGUUUCCACUCUGCCAUCAAACUUUUUCGUCAACAAUCUCCUAGCAACAAUGACGCAGACAAGUGACACGCCCGCUGCGAAGAUACGAUGUCCCAAACACAAGGAAGAAGUCAUCAAGUUGUUUUGUAAAACAUGUCAAACAACCAUCUGCAGAGAUUGCACCAUGGUUGAUCAUCAGGGGCAUAACUAUGGGUUUGUUGAAGAGGUCGCUGUCGAAGAAAAACGUCAUUUGCAGAGCAAUCUUAACGAAGUAAAGCGAAGAAAAGGAAGAGUUGCACAGGGAAUUGUAAACCUGAAGAAAUUUAAUGAAGGUCUGGAGGCCAAGAAUAAGUCAACAAUCUCAAAAAUCAGCCAGCACUUCGAUCAACUUGUCAAAGCCGUGGAAUCUCGGAAAAGAGAAAUGAUGGAAAAAGCGACUUCAAUCACGAAUUCCAAACAAAGACAGAUUCAUGCACAGUUAGAGGUCUUAGAAAUGGCUUUAGCAAGUUGUGAAAGCAGCAUCGAGUUUACAGAGCAAGUGUUCAAGAAUGGCAACGACAUUCAAAUAUUGAGCAUGGAGAAGCACAUUUUGCAGUCUUUGGAGCAGGUGAAAGCAGUUAAAGAUCAAACGAAGCCUUGUGUUACUGAAGACAUGGUGUUUGUCAUACUUUCUUCGGCGCAGGAAAAAAAGAAAGAGUUGUUGAUUGCGUAUGACGUAGAUGACGCUGUCGCAAACCCUGAAAGUUGCACGGCUUCCUUUCAAGAAACUGAAGCAAUGUUCAAUGCAGGGAAACAGUACUCCAUAACAUUAAUCUGUCACGACAAAAAUAACCGAAGAUUAAGAUACGGAGGUCAAGACAUCAAACCGUCGUUCACUGGAAUGGAGGUCAGUGAUGUUGCCGUUACUGAUAAUAAAGAUGGCUCCUACACUAUCAGUUUUUCUCUUUGUCAGGGGGGCAUGUUGCAGUUCGAGGUAUCCAUCAAUGGAACGCCUGCUCCAAAUUGUUCUUUGGCAAAACAAGUGAAGUGGGUUAUAAGUGAUGCUCAUGGUAAAGGUGCUAUCGCUAAUGGUGGACGUACAGUGCAUGGUGAGGGUCGCCAGGGCGAAUAUUGUUGGAGAGUUGGUGAAUGUUAUUUCGAUUCUGGAGUUCACACAUGGAAAGUUGAAUUGUAUAAUCAUCCCAGCCUACGUAAAUGGAGUCAGCACAGUUGCUAUAGUGAUCCCACUGCUGAAGUUGGAAUCAUCGACUAUGAUGAAAUUAAUGCAGACAUUGUUCGAAGCGAAAAGAAGUGGGUUUAUAAACGUUCUGUCCAAGGUGGCUACGGUGUUGUCAUUUCCUUCACUCUGGACAUGGAAAAAAGAACAUUGAACGUCAAGGUUAAUUCGAGUCGUUAUGGCUCCAGUAGUAACAGCUAUCAUGUCACGGCACAUCGUGUUUCACCUUUCUUUGCGUGCAGUUCACCUUACACGAGUAUUAGUUUAGUGGAAUGAAAACAUUUCACUGUCGGUGAAAUUCAUUGCUGGUUGUGAACGGAAAAAAUGCAGGAAAAUCGCAAUGCCAGCUGAAAUGCGCGAGUUUCGUAAAUUGUUGUUUCUACUGUUGCUAAAAUAUGUACAUCUAAAACUUAGUGUUGUAGAAUUAGAUCUGUAGAAUUUGAGGUGGAAUUAAAUAGAUAUAAUUUCGCGAUAAAGUUUGAGUAUUUUCGUGCGGGGGUGUUCAAAGAGGAAACCGUAUUUUAAUUGGACGCACUACAACCAG